GAUAAUAAGUUUGUGGUUAUUUGUUGCAGACUGUAUUUGAGAGAAUGCAUUAGUUAUGCAUAUAUAAUAUAUAUAAUUUGUGCAAUCAAUUAAAUUAAGGUAUGGUAUUUUUGACAAGAGCACUGUUUGUUCGGAGGUUUUCUAGGCAGCAGAAAAUAAAAUUAAAAGAUUUAUCACAAUGGAGUCAUCCACUCUAUGGUUCGGAGCAAACUCCUGUGGAAGGCAGGAUGAAAGGAUUAAUGAAAGGACUUUAUCCUGUUACAAGAACAAGGGAAUAUUUGAGACAAGGCAUCGUUUUCCGAGAUUGUGUGAAGGUUAUGACUAUAAAUUAUGGAAAUUAUGAAGAUGGGGAAAAUAAUCAUGAAGGAAUUAGAGAUGUGAUCAACAUGAAUCUCCAACAACUCAGAUACUCAAAUCCAAAUGUUCACAUUGACCUGAUAGAAAACCUCACACCGACACCAUAUAUUACAUUUUAUUUAGACUCUGGAGAUAAGUUCCAUGUAGAUGUUGAUGGCAAAGAACAAUUUGAAAUCCUGACUCACCUUCAAAAAGUUAUAGGAAAACCAAAGCGUUUGUUGGAACAGGAAAUGACGAAAAAAGAUGAAAACCCAGCAAAUUUUGGGAGGAAGUUCAGUAGAAAAUGUAUUUGUGAAGUUGAAGGUCAAGUACCAUGCUCUUCAAAACAGUUGGAGCCAGGUUAUGCACGCGCUUUACAUGGGAAAAACAUCAAUCUGAAUCCAAAGAAAUAUGUUUUUGGUAAAGAAGAAUAAUUUAGUGCAAAUGAAUCUGGUAUGCUCUUGAGGAAAAGUGUUGAAAUUCGGAGUUUUGAGUCUAAAUGCAUUUCCCUCUUUCGAAAUCAAUGCAAUAUUGGGUCAUUGGAACAUUGGACUGUGAAUUAAUUGCUCAAUGGAUUAUUCCUGCAUGCUAGUAGAUGGUGAACUCUCAUCUGUGCGUUGCAUUUAAAUAAUCUUCACCACCAGGCACCAACUAUGCCUUAUUUAUGAUGCCCAAGGUUUAACGUCUUAAAUCUGAUUGAUGACAAGAUGACUAUUGGAAAGCUUAUGACUGUUCAAGUCUGGUAUGCUUAAACAACUUGAGUGGUGACACUUUAGUAUGCUUAACAAGUUAACAUGAUCUCAAUCGCAUACCAAAGUGUCACCAAUAGUAUUUAAUCUUAUGGAGACAUUCCCAUAAACUUCAGUUCCUAACCUUUACUAAAAAACUGAGAUCACAUAUCGAAGUAUCACCACUUUAGUCUCUACUCUCUAGUCCAGGCGUCUCCAACUCAAAAUAUGUCAUGGGCCACUUUUUGAACUUUAUUGACGAAGCAAGCCACAAACCAAUAAAUUGUGGUACACUUGUAGUGUGUGUACCAGGUUAGGGUUAGGCCAUACUUUCAUUCCGACUUUCCCUAUUUUAGUUAUAAUAUUACGAGUUCAGGGACUGUCUGUGUUAGCCAAGUGAAUAUACCCCUGCUUCCGUCCCUUUACACAACCUGAUGUACAGUAGCCGAACAAAAUUAGUUACCUUCAUAUUGGAACACGCACUUACGGAGCGCCCAAAUGGUUAUUAGAAUUGCACACAACAUACAAAUCAUCUCACUUCUCUUGAAAUAUUCUGUGCUCUUCUUAACAUUUCCGCUUCUUGGACAUUGCGUAUGGGUUUACUACUUUAUAACAAGUUUAAAAUAAUCUAGUUUUGCUUCAACUGCACAUAGGCAGAAUUAAUGAUUUAUAACUUGUUCAUUUCGUCAUUAUAAAAAUGCGGAAUGAAAUAUUUAAUUGGUAACGUGGUAAAGUGGAAGAACAGGGGAAAAAAUUUUGUUUUUGUCUGACCGGACUUUUGAUUAUAAAUAACGCGAUAAAACUUAUAGUUUAGUUUAUCUCAACCAUAACGCAGGCCGAAAAAAUUACGGGCCGCGUGUUGGAGACCCCUGCUCUAGUCCUAUCUUCUUAUUUCCUGUAAUUGUUUGUGCGGAUUUUCUUGAACUAAAUCAAAAAAAAUGACUGUA